AUGCAGCUGUCGGAGAGGUUCUUGAUGAGUCUCGGGUGGUCGGAAGGCAUCAGACGAAGCGCGAGAAGCACCAACAGUGUCUCCAGUAACCAAAUUCCGGCACCACUGACUCCUCAGAGACGAGCUCGCAUCCAUUGUCCGGCUCGACACGUCGCCCGGAUCACCAAUCGACCACUGGCUAUUUCCGCCCACGACAGACGCCACGACUGCUCGCGCUGCGGAAAGUCAUACAAGAACGCCUACAUUCUCAAACGACACAUGCUGUACGAGUGCGGAAAAGCUCCUUCGUUCAGUUGCCCUCACUGCGCCUUUAGCUCCAAGUACGAGAGGAAUCUCAAGGCCCACAUCAACCACCGCCACAUACUUGCCAAAACCCAGUCUAAGACUGCUAAUUAA